UGUCCUGAAUGUACUGUAUUACUGAAUCGGGAGAGAAAAUACACAGAUUCGAAAGGAUGAACUGACGCUCAUUCCGGGAAACACUUAAAAUAUUAUACUUUUUAUCCUUUUUUAUCAAUACUAAAGACAAGGUUUUACAUUUCUGAAACAGGUUAAUUAUUGGAAUAUAUGCGUGUAAUGAUUGCUUGCAGAAGGUAAUUGCAUCUUAAUGCCGGGAUUUCACCUCAUUUGUGCUCGGAAAUGUCAUAUUCAUGUAUUGUCAUUACAUUUAUGGGAUUUGUUUUUCAAGCACACUGGUUGACAGCAAGUACCUUGAAGUAUAUGCCUGAUCCACCAAAACUUAGCAUCUCAGAUAAGGUAUACAAAAUAAAUGCUACAGACACUUUGGAACUUACAUGCAGGGGACAGCACCAUUUAGAAUGGACAUGGCCUCGCAAUGAGAGUGGGACAGAACAGGGACUAUCAGUGGUGGAUUGCAGUGGUUCUGGACUUUUCUGUAAGACCCUGGUGCUAGUAAAGGCAACUGCCAAUGACACUGGAGAGUACAGGUGCUCCUACAGGAGCUUACCUGUCAAUCAGGGAAAAACAUCUGCCAGUAUUUAUGUCUUUGUACAAGACUACAGAUCUCCAUUUGUCAGCUCUUCUCCCAAUUUUGAAUUUGUGUUUAUAAGGGAGGCCUCACCUGUUGUCAUUCCCUGCUUAGGAUCAAUAGAGGAUCUCAGUGUGACUCUUUAUACAAACUAUCCAAGAAAAGAGUUUUUUCCUGAUGGGAAAACUAUUUACUGGGAUAGUCGACAAGGAUUCACUAUUCCCAGCCGAUUUAUUAGCUCUGCCGGUGUUGCUUUUUGCCAGACAAUCAUUCAAAAUGAAACAUUCCAGUCCUCAUUAUAUAUAUUUGCUGUUGUUGGAUACAGAAUUCAUGAGCUCUCUCUGACCCCUAAGUAUCAAGUAAAGCUAGCAGUGGGAGAAAAGCUUUUGCUAAAUUGCACUGCUACAACAGAGCUAAAUGUAGGGAUUGACUUUCAGUGGAAAUACCCAGCUUGGAAGGAAAACCGUUCAGAAAUAAAGCCCUACAAGAAAAAACUCAGGGAUUGCCUGGAACUUUCAAGUACUUUGAUUAUUGAACAUGUAACACUGAAUGAUACAGGCGAAUAUAUUUGUACAGCUUCCAGUGGAGCUAUGAAAAAAACAGAAAGAGUUAGUCUGAUUGUUUAUGAAAAACCUUUUAUUUCCAUUGAUGAGAAUUCACGUUCUGUCUUCGAAGCAAAUUUAGGAGAUCGAUUUACUAAUAUUCCUGUCAACUUUCAAGCAUAUCCCCAACCAGAAGUGAAAUGGUUCAAGAAUGGAGUGCCAGUUAACAGAGAUGAGUCUCGAUACAGAAUUAAAGCUGGUAACACACUGACUAUUCAUGAUGUAUCUGAAAGGGAUGCUGGCAAUUACACUGUUGUACUGAGAAAUCCAACAACGAAGGAGCAGCAGAGACAUAUAUACCAGCUGCUGGUGAAUGUUCCUCCACAGAUUUACGAGAAGGAGGUGGCCCACGGCAGUGACAUCUACAUGUAUGGCAGCAGCCCAGCUCUUAGGUGCACAGUCCGUGGGUACCCCCCACCCAUAGAGAUUCUGUGGCAAUGGGCACUGCAGGGGGACUGUCCCUUAAACUAUACUCACGAUUACAAGCUGCAUGAAUGUAAAGAGUGGAGAGACAUAACCAACAACACAGGCAUGAAUCCCAUUGACAGGAUUGACAUAAAGACUGACACUGAUGGGGUGAUUAAGACUGUGAGCACCCUCAAGAUUCAGACAGCACAUGUUCCAGCCAUGUACAGAUGUCGGGCCUCUAAUAAAGUUGGUCAAGAUGAGAGAGUGAUUGUCUUUCAUGUAACAAGGGGACUGGAGCUGAACCUAUUACCUACAAGUGAGCCCAUAGAGAGGGACAAUGUGGCUCUGCAGUGCAAAGCUGACAGGCUGAUCUAUGGGAACCUGAAGUGGUUCAAGAUGAAAAGCAACAACUUCCAAAGAGGUCCAUCUAUGCAACCUUGCCAGCGCCUUAACCUUUCUGAGCAAUCCCAUCUCAAAGGGACUCUAUCUGAGCCAGGCGGAGCGAAAGUCACUCUGGAGCUGGACUUGCGCAACGUGUCCCAUAAGGAUCAGGGACUAUAUGUAUGUCAGGUGGAGAACACAAAAACUAAGGAGAAGACCUGUCUCAUUAAACACCUCUUCCUGAAAGCUCUUCAGGCCCCAAAGAUUUUAACAAAUUUGACUGACCAUAUUGUGAAUAUCAGUGAAACUAUUGAACUGAAGUGUGUGGUUAGUGGAUCACCUAAGCCGAACGUGUCAUGGUUUAAAGACAACAAGGAACUACAAGAGCGCUCUGGCAUUGUUCUUGCUCAGGAGAAUAGCAUUGUCACCAUCCAGAGAGUGAAGAAGGAAGAUAGUGGCAUUUAUACCUGCAUGGCUUGCAAUGACCAAGGGUGUGACUCCACAGUGGCUUCUCUUUUUGUAGUAGGAGCUGAAGAGAAGACUAAUGUGGAACUCAUUGUCACUAUUGGCUUUGUGGUGAUUGCCAUGUUCUUCUGGUUGCUUCUAGUCUUCGUCUUCAGAACCAGAAAGAGGCCUAGUAGAGGGGAUCUAAAAGCAGGCUACCUGUCAAUUAUAGUUGAUCCAGAUGAAGUGCCAAUGGAUGAGCAGUGUGAAAGAUUAACUUAUGACGCCAGCAAGUGGGAAUUCCCACGUGAUAGGCUUAAACUAGGAGUACAUCUGGGCCGUGGUGCUUUUGGUCAAGUAGUGGAGGCGGCUGCCUUUGGCAUUGAAAAAGCCACCACCUGCACAACAGUUGCUGUGAAGAUGCUGAAAGAGGGUGCUACUUCUAGUGAAUACAGGGCCUUAAUGUCAGAGUUAAAGAUUCUGAUCCAUAUCGGCCAUCACCUCAAUGUAGUUAACUUACUUGGGGCUUGUACCAAACCAGGUGGUCCUUUGAUGGUUAUUGUGGAAUACUGCAAGCAUGGAAACCUCUCCAGCUACUUAAAAAGCCGAAGAGGAGAGUACAGUCCUUGCAAGAAAAAGACUUUGAAAUCAAAGCAGUCAAGAGAAAGGGCUUUGGUUGAACUGGAUUCAGAGAUGAAGCAUCAUGUGGACACAGUCACCAGCAGAGGGAGAUCUGUCAGAUGUGGACUUGCAGAAGAAAGAUUCCUUGGUGAAGUAGAAGAGGAUGAAGCAACUGAGAAGACUGACAAGACAUUCCUGACUAUGGAGGACCUGAUCAGCUAUAGUUUCCAGGUGGCCAAGGGGAUGGAGUUCUUGUCCUCUCGCAAGUGCAUCCAUAGGGACCUCGCAGCUCGCAAUAUCCUCCUGUCCGAAAACAAUGUGGUGAAAAUCUGUGACUUUGGCCUGGCUCGGGAUGUCUACAAAGACCCCGACUAUGUACGGAAAGGAGAUGCUCGGCUUCCUCUCAAGUGGAUGGCCCCAGAAACAAUCUUUGACCGAGUCUAUACAACACAAAGUGAUGUCUGGUCAUUUGGUGUGCUUCUAUGGGAAAUCUUUUCUUUAGGAGCAUCCCCAUAUCCUGGAGUGAGCAUCGAUGAAACUUUCUGCAUUAGGUUAAAAGAGGGUACUAGAAUGAGAGCACCUGACUAUGCCACUCCUGAGAUAUAUCAGACUAUGUUGGACUGUUGGCUUGACAAUCCAAAGGACAGACCCACGUUCACUGAAUUAGUGGAACAUUUAGGAAACUUACUUCAAGCAAAUGCGCAACAGGAUGGUAAGGAUUACAUUCCGCUCACAUCAGUCCAUACAGAGGAGGAUUUUGGUAUCUCACUGCCUAGAUCACCUGUUUCCUGCACAGCAGAGGAAGACAGCAGUGACCCUGUGUUCCACUAUGACAACGCUCCAGGGUUCAGGUAUACCCAGCAAUGUAACAGAAGAAGUCGACCAGUGAGUGUGAAAACAUUUGAGGAUGUUCCUGUAGAAAAAAACCCUGUAUCUGACAGUCAGACAGACAGUGGGAUGAUUCUUCCUUCAGAAGAACUGAAAAGCCUGGCACCCCAGCCCACUCAGUCAUCCCCUUUUAGCCCUAUGGUUCACUGCAAAAGCAAAGAAUCUGUGGCUUCGGAAACAUCCAAUCAGACCAGUGGCUACCAGUCCGGAUACCAUUCUGAUGACACAGACACCCCAUUGUACAUGAAGGAGGAAACAGAGCUGUUUCAGAAGCAAGAAGAUCCUCACAUCUGCUGUGGGUCUCCUGGAAAAUACAGCCCUAUCGUACGUUAUAGUGCUCCACCAGUGUAGUGGGUCACUUCUAGCCCUUGGAAACACAAGUUUGUGAAGGACAAAACAGAGACACUAGUAGAUGGAGACAAGAUGUUACUACUUGUGUUCUUUGGGAGCCCACCUGUGUCUCCAUGCAGGUUUGUGCUUAUUUUUCUGCAUUAAGUUCACGAUGAAACAUCAAGACCAAAGUACUUGAGAGCUAAUAUGCAAAAUCAAUAUUCCUUUGUUUUGCACAUUCCCCAUGACCUGUGAGCACUAUGUUGCCAUAAAAAAUGGGUAAUCUUUAGUGACAUUGCAGAAUAAAUAGUUUAUUUCAGAUUCUUGAAUCAUGGAAUCUGGUUUAAAAAGCAUUAGACCACAUUAAGUUCACCAUGUUCAGAGCAGCCCUGUUAGUUUUGUUUCUGUGUCUUUUUUCAUCCAGGGAAAAUGUACUUUAAAUAGGGUUAUUUUGUUUAAAGCUUUUUUUAUUAUUGGUUUAUCAUAUGAAGUGUGCUUGAGUUUAAGGCCUUGGGACCAGUGGGGCAUAUUUUUUUUCAUAAAAAGAAAUGUAAUAUAUUAUGUAGCAGAAAAUAAAUAUAUGCAAUUUGC